GGCCGCCUCCGCUCCUGCCCGGGCCCCUGCUGCUGCUGCUGCUGUCGCCUGCGCCUGCUGCCCCAACUCGGCGUCCGACUUCUUCAUGGUGUGCGGAGGUCAUGUUCGCUCCUUAGCCGGCAAACGACUUUUCUCCUCGCCUCCUCGCCCCGCAUGUUCAGGACCAAACGAUCUGCGCUCGUCCGGCGUCUCUGGAGGAGCCGUGCGCCCGGCGGCGAGGACGAGGAGGAGGGCGCGGGGGGAGGCGGCGGCGGAGAGCCGCGGGCGGAAGGGGCGACGGACGGCCGAGCGCAUGGGGCCGGCGGCGGCGGCGGCGGCGCGGGCAGAGCUGGCUGCUGCCUGGGCAAGGCAGUCAGAGGUGCCAAAGGUCACCACCAUCCCCAUCCCCCAGCCGCGGGCGCCAGCGCGGCCGGGGGCGCCGAGGCGGAUCUGAAGGCGCUAACGCACUCGGUGCUCAAGAAACUGAAGGAGCGGCAGCUGGAGCUGCUGCUCCAGGCCGUGGAGUCCCGCGGCGGGACCCGCACCGCGUGCCUCCUGCUGCCCGGCCGCUUGGACUGCAGGCUGGGCCCGGGGGCGCCCGCCGGCGCGCAGCCCGCGCAGCCGCCCUCGGCCUACUCGCUCCCCCUCCUGCUGUGCAAAGUGUUCAGGUGGCCGGAUCUCAGGCAUUCCUCGGAAGUCAAGAGGCUGUGUUGCUGUGAAUCUUACGGGAAGAUCAACCCCGAGCUGGUGUGCUGCAACCCCCAUCACCUUAGCCGACUCUGCGAACUAGAGUCUCCCCCUCCUCCUUACUCCAGAUAUCCGAUGGAUUUUCUUAAACCAACUGCAGACUGUCCCGAUGCAGUGCCUUCCUCCGCUGAAACUGGGGGAACGAAUUAUCUGGCCCCUGGGGGGCUUUCAGAUUCCCAACUUCUUCUGGAGCCUGGGGAUCGGUCACACUGGUGCGUGGUGGCAUACUGGGAGGAGAAGACAAGAGUGGGCAGGCUGUACUGUGUCCAGGAGCCCUCCCUGGACAUCUUCUAUGAUCUACCUCAGGGGAAUGGCUUUUGCCUCGGACAGCUCAAUUCAGACAACAAGAGUCAGCUGGUGCAGAAAGUGCGGAGCAAAAUUGGCUGUGGUAUCCAGCUCACACGGGAAGUGGAUGGUGUGUGGGUGUACAACCGCAGCAGUUACCCCAUCUUCAUCAAGUCAGCCACACUGGACAACCCGGACUCCAGGACGCUGUUGGUACACAAGGUGUUCCCCGGUUUCUCCAUCAAGGCGUUUGACUAUGAGAAAGCGUACAGCUUGCAGCGGCCCAAUGACCACGAGUUCAUGCAGCAGCCGUGGACUGGCUUCACCGUGCAGAUCAGCUUCGUGAAGGGCUGGGGCCAGUGCUACACCCGCCAGUUCAUCAGCAGCUGCCCGUGCUGGCUGGAGGUCAUCUUCAACAGCCGGUAGCCACGUGGGGAGAGGACAGAGUGUGAGCCGAGCAGGCCACCAUUCAAACUACUUUGCUGCUAAUAUUUUCCUCCCGAGUGCUUGCUUUUCAUGCAAACUCUUUGGUUUUUUUUUUUCCCCUAGGCGUUCUUGUUUAUGUUCUGUUUUGUUUUGUUCUUUGAGAAAUAGCUUAUGGAAAGAAUUGUUGUGAUUUUUGGGGGGGUGUUGGGGUAUGGUUGGCAGGACACCCCAAUAUGAAAAGGGGAAGCGAAAUCAGACCACCACCAAACACGUUGUGUGAAAGGGGAGCAGUUCCUUUACUUUUGGGUCAUCAUUUCACUUGUCAAAAGUGUACGUGUGAGUGAGUAUGUGUGUAUGAGUCCGUGUGCAUGUGUGUGUGCGAACGGCCGAAGGGGGAAACGGCAUGUUCUCUGUUUCUUACGGAUAUCCCCAGCUGAGCGGUUUGUGGUCCCAUGCUGUGUCUCUCUCGCCCUUUGGACACGCUCAGUGGGGCAGAGUCAGUACCUAGGCAAGCUGGAGGUGGGUGUCCCAGCAGCUGCCAGAAGCCAGGCUCUGUCCCAGUCCGGGGAAGCCCCCACCCUGCCACUCUCUCCCCUCCUAGGACACGGGCCUAUCCACAGGCUUCUUAGAAGCAACCCUGCUAGAGUCUGAACCAGAACUAAUUGUUUUCAUCCCUAUCUUACAGCCCUCCUGCCACCCCGUUGCCAUUAUGGUGUCUCUGUGUUGUGGCCAUCUGCUCCUGGGUAUCUCCGCAUUGGGCUUCCGAGGGGCAUCGUCACAGUAUUGCUCCCCCUGUGCCCUCUGGGCCCUUUCUGCUCUCCCCUGCCCUGGUGACAUCAGGUUUUUCCCAGACUCAGAAACCAGCUCGGCACUUUUGUUCCCUCCACAGCCUGUGUGUUGAAUGCUGCUGUUAGACCAGCAAGGGGAGCGUGGCUGGACGGGUGACGUCUCAGCAGCCUCCCUUCCCAUCAAGGCUUUGGUCCAUCACAACCCAAGGUACCCUCCUAGGCUAACACCUAACUGUUCUUUCAUUUCUUCUACAAACUCAUACACUCGUAUGAUACUUAGACACUGUUCUUAGCUCAAUGAGCAUGUUCAGACUUUAACAUAAGCUAUUUUUCUAACUACAAAGGUUUAAAUGAACAAGAGAAGCAUUCUCAUUGGAAAUUUAGCAUUGUAGUGCUUUGAGAAAAAGGACUCCUGAAAAAGAAACAAAAAACAAAACUGAGAUUUAUUAAAGAAAAAAAAAUGUAUUUUAUGUUAUAUAUAAAUAUAUUAUUACUUGUAAAUAUAAAGACGUUUUAUAAGCAUCAUUAUUUAUGUAUUGUGCAAUGUGUAUAAACAAGAAAAAUAAAAGAAAGAUGCACUUUGCUUUAAUAUAAAUGCAAAUAACAAAUGCCAAAUUAAAAAAGAUAAACACGAGAUUGGUGUUUUUUUCUAUGGGUGUUAUCACCUAGCUGAAUGUUUUUUAAAGGAGUUUAUGUCCCAUUAAACAAUUUUUAAAAUGUAUACUUGA